AUGGGUAAUGAGGAACAGAUGCUGAAAAAUAUCAACAUGGAAAACUCCAAUGAGGGAAAUGAAAAAACAGAUGAAAAGGAACAAGAUGCUAAUAAAGGAGAGCCAUUGGCCCUCCUUUUGAAAGCUGGUGAAUAUCGUGUACCUAGAGGAAAUCGUAGGCGGUUCCGUGUUAGGCAGCCCAUCCUGCAGUAUAGAUGGGAUAUGACUCAGAGGGUUGGAGAGCCACAGGCAAGGAUGAGAGAAGAGAAUAUGGAGAGGAUUGGGGAGGAGGUGAGACAGCUGAUGGAAAAGCUGAGGGAAAAGCAGUUGAGUCAUAGUCUGAGGGCAGUUAGCACUGAUCCCCCUCACCAUGACCAUCAUGAUGAGUUUUGCCUUAUGCCUUGA